UGAGGGUCCACGGCCACUGCCCCUGGUGCAGUUUUCCAGGUACAGCCAGGACCCUAUGACCUGCUGACCCUUCCAGUCCAGAAUGAUGGAGCCAAAUGAUUCCUCCCGUGUGGAUUCUGAGUUCCGCUACACUCUCUUCCCGAUUGUUUACAGCAUCAUCUUUGUUCUUGGGGUCAUCUCCAAUGGCUAUGUGCUGUGGGUCUUUGCCCGCCUGUACCCUUCUAAGAAACUGAAUGAGAUAAAGAUCUUCAUGGUGAACCUCACCAUGGCCGACCUGCUCUUCUUGAUCUCCCUGCCGCUGUGGAUUAUCUACUACUACAACGAGGGCAACUGGAUUCUCCCCAAAUUCCUGUGCAACCUGGCUGGCUGCCUCUUCUUCAUCAAUACCUACUGCUCUGUGGCCUUCCUGGGCGUCAUCACUUAUAACCGCUUCCAAGCGGUAACACGGCCCAUCAAGACUGCUCAGGCCACCACCCGCAGGCGUGGCAUCUCUUUGUCCCUGGUCAUCUGGGUGGCCAUCGUGGCCGCCGCCUCCUAUUUCCUCAUCCUAGACUCCACCAACACAAGGCUUAAUCGGGCCGGCUCGAGCAACAUCACCCGCUGCUUUGAGCAUUACGAGAAGGGCAGCCUGCCGGUCCUCGUCAUCCAUAUCUUCAUCGUGCUCAGCUUCUUCCUCGUCUUCCUCAUCAUCCUCUUCUGCAACCUGGUCAUCAUCCGGACGCUGCUCACCCAGCCGGUGCAGCAGCCAUGCAAUGCUGAAGUCAAGCGCCGGGCGCUGUGGAUGGUGUGCACCGUCUUGGCCGUGUUCAUCAUCUGCUUUGUGCCCCACCACAUGGUGCAGCUGCCCUGGACGCUGGCCGAACUGGGCUACCAGAGCAGUAACUUCCACCAGGCUAUUAACGAUGCACAUCAGAUCACCCUUUGCCUCCUCAGCACCAAUUGUGUCCUAGACCCCAUCAUCUACUGUUUCCUCACCAAGAAGAGCCACAGGCGCCGAGCCGAGACUCUGUUUCUAAAAAAAGAAUGA